UCUAAUAUAUUCUAAAGAGCCGAUGAUGGCUUCUUCCAUCUACUGCUUUGGUAUCGUGUCUCUGGCUGUUCUGUUACCAUUUCUCUUACACUCUGCUUCGGCCACAAGUUACAUUGACGACAUAUGCCAUUCUGUCGCCGACAAAGCCUACUGCGUCAAGACCUUGAGUGCAUACCCUCCGGUUGCCUCUGCCCCCAGUAAGUUCGAAGCGGCUGUGGCGACGCUUAAGCUAGGAGAGUCUUAUGCCGAUAAGACAGCGGAAUUUGCGGGUAAAGCGGCAAAGGAGGAUCCAAAGUUGAAGAAGGUUUUGGAGGAUUGUCAAGACGAAUUUGUGGACAUUAGCGGGUCUCUCAAGGGCGCUGCCUUGCAACUCAGGGAUGAACCAGAGUUAGCGAACUAUGCAGUCAUGCGUUGUUACGACAGCACAACGAGAGUGACGAAUUUGAUCGGGAAAAAUACAGACAAGGCUUCCAAGACUGUCAUAGCAAUGACAAUGGUGUUGGGAAAAUAUAUUGCUCUCGGAAUUGGAGCCACCGUAGCUGAAGGUGGGUAAAGACGGUUAUCAAAAUGUUUACUCUGAUCAAAGGUUGUGGUUAUUUAAUUUUAAGGAAUGAAAUGUUUUGCUUAUAAAAUGAUCAAUAAAUUUCUUCUUUGAGAUUGUCAAUUAAAAUUUUGAAGUUUUUUUUUA